ACAGAUUAAUUUCCAAUUUAAUAUAUCCUUAGAUGUUGAAUUCCCACCGGUCGUUCCAUGGUGUUUUUAAUGCCCGCCCUUUCCUACAAAGAGAUCUUCUCUAUUACACAACCUGAUAAUCAUUAUUAUAAUCUUUCUUCCGUUGAUUAAACCUCAAAAAAAGAGCUGCACUCUUAAAAAAGUUCGUCUCAAUCUUUUACUUUACUGUUUUCAUAUAAUUUUACUUUUAAAAGCCAUCUUUAAUCAAAACUCUUUUUCCUCCCCCUUCGUUCCGGGUGCAAAGAUCUAGUUGCAAGUUAUUGCAUCCCCUUUGGAACCUCCCUCUCAACGGUUGUUAGCAUGUUGGGAAUCUUCCUUAUUACUUUCUAACUUAGCAUCACUGCCCCCGACAUUCCACCCGAAUCCACAGCAAGUCCUUACAUUCCAGUCAUCCCCAACAUUCUUCUCUAUAAAACUGCUUGGCUUUCUCUUAAUUUUGGUAGAUCAGAUCCGUAAGUCCAGCCACAGUCCUUCCGGGUCAGAUUCCAUUUUGCAUUUCUCAUUCAACCAGACAAAACGAGUUUAUGUUUACAUUCCUCACUUCCUAACUCCCACCCAACAGUCUCUUCCACUGGGAUUUUUCCUGUUAAAACUGUUCUAGCAAAGUUAUUGAAGUUUUUACAUUAUAAAAGUUGCAUUGUAUCCAAAUGUUUUGUUUUGAUGCUCCUUGUUGCAACUUAAUCUUGAUGCUCUUUACCCUCUGACGACAACAGGGAAGGCUGUCAAUGACAAUGAAAGACGAAUCCUACUCAGCAAACAACUUUUUACGUGAGAGAUAGUGUUUGAAUCCUGCUCUUCAAGUGGAUGUGAAGGACAGCAAGAAGGAUGUUUGAUCGAAAUAAACAAGCCGAUGAAGCCUCUGCUGCUUCAGCACAAGAUAUAGAAAGAAGAGGUAAUGAAGGCUCCUUGCAACCGGAGAGAGGUAGCAGCUCGCAAGCACCAGAGCUGGCUGGGCCUGGAGUACCUGUCGUACAGAACAGGCAAGGCUAUUGCAACUGUUGCCAUGUACACUACAGUAAUCUUGAACAGCACGUGUACAGUACCCAGCACAGGCACUUUGCCACUUACUGCAGGAAUCGUACGGGCACAACUAGCCUGAUGGAGCGUUUCCUGCAAGAUGUUUUGCGGCACCAUCCCUAUAGAUACCAUGAUAACAGACCGACUCACGACGACAUACCUAUCGGCAGCUCCCAACCUCUUCCCAGGAAUGAGGCUCUUUUGCCGGUGGAAGUGCUGGAGAAGGAAAGUGCCAUUAGCAAGGGAGAAGAACCGAGCACCAACAGUGCAUUGACUGCAGAGUCAGGCUGCUUCACUUCCCAGAGGUCACACGAGGAACUGAAGGAGGCUCCUGGGCCAGUCACACUUCUCCAUACGCUAGAAGAAAGGGGGAAAGUGCACAGCCAAGGAACUUCGCAGCAAACUAUAGACAUCUCUAGCAGUACAAGAAAUCAUGUUGCAGCAGAUGGAAUUCCGACUGAAAGUAGUAGCCAUAAAACCCCACUUGCAGCAGUGAACCACUUACCCUGUCCAUCAUCCAUUAGCCACUCACCACCCCCUCCAACGCUUGCAAAAAAUGUGAGGCAUUCAGCAAUACCAGAUUUGGCUUCACAGAACAGGUGCGAGCAAACCAAGCAGAGCAUAUGCAAUCAAGAUGGAUUACUGAUUCCAAAUUUGAGCCCCGUUUUGCAGUCUCCCCAAAGAACUGUUUCACAUUCACAAGAUGGAUUACCGAUUCCAAAUUUGAGCCCCGUUUUGCAGUCUCCCCCAAGAACUGUUUCACAUUCACAAGAUGGAUUAUCGAUUCCAAAUUUGAGCCCCGUUUUGCAGUUUCCCCCAAGAACUGUUUCACAUUCACAAGAUGGAUUACCGAUUCCAAAUUUGAGCCCCGUUUUGCAGUCUCCCCCAAGAACUGUUUCCCAUUCACAAGAGAGUCCUGUGUGUAAUCAAGGCAACUCUUUAAUCUCAGGUCAGGUUUUUUUAAAACAAGGUGGCUUACAGGCUCAGGAUGAAACUCAGAUCGCCGACUUCUGUCUCUCGGACACCAGCAACCCUGUGGGUACCGGUAACUCGCUGAGUUUUCAAACAGUUCCCCAGUUUUCAGGGGGGAAAGAAAACCAGCUGAGCGGAAGCGCGGAAACUUCUGUAGAUGAAAUCAUUGACAAAGUCAUUCUGAGACACUGCUGUGAAACUUCUCCCAAAGAGUCGCCUCUCAGAGACGAAGAGACGGACCCAUGCGUAAAUAUCCUGUCGCUUCUGGACCACAACAGUGUUCAUGGAUCCGAUGUAAGCUUUGAUUGUGAUGCAAAUGCUCAGUCAGGAGGACACCUGCCUAAGGCAGCUGUUAAAAAUCUAGAAUUGCUCAAAGAGGUUCAAGUAAAUUUACAAGAUGAGAAGUAUGGCUCCCAGCUCAGUUCCAUUCUUCAAAAUAACUCUGUGCAGCAGACAACAGAAGCAGAACCAGAACCAGAUGUGUCCAUUCAUCAUCAAGAACCAGUUCUCCCAGCUUUGCCCCAUGUGCCUCCUUCCUUUGUAGGAAAGACGUGGUCCCAGAUCAUGUACGAAGAUGAUAUGAAAAUUGAAGCCCUUGUGCGGGAUUUCAGGGAAGGUCGCUUCCGCUGCCACUUUAAUUCCAAGUCCUUGGCUAAUGGUGCAACAACAAGGAAGAAGAAGGAAGAAGAAGAAGAAGAAAGGAAAAUCAGUGCAAUUGCAGCGGAGGAAUUGGAGGCUGUGUCGGAUAAAGGCCUUCCGGAAUUUGACUCUGACUUCAACAACUCUCCUGCUGCCUCAGAAACACAACACAUUCCAGAAACAGUAAAGAAGCCUCAAAAAAGGACUUGGCGCCUUGCCUCAAGAUGCCAAGUAGUCAAGGUUAGCCGUGGCACACAAACUAGCUUGCUGAACUAUCCCAUAGUGAAACACAAAACCAUUAGAAGGGACCAUGAGCAGCCAGAUCCGAAAGGUUACUUUGUAUGGUCAGAAAAUGAGAAGACACCCACCAUGAAAACUAGACUCUGUGCCCUCAAGCUUCCUGAGUCUUACACCAAAAUUCUGAACCCUUUACAGCCCCAAACCACAGUCUAUGUUCUUUCCUGUCCAGAGAUGAAAUUGUCUUGGAGCAGCGCUGAAGACAUUCCCAAAAGGAGAAGAUGCUACAACUCCACAGAUAGUAAGGACUCCAUAAGGUACAAAUACAAACAGACUUCUAUUAAGUAUUAUGACCCACUGACGAACCGAGUUUUAAAAACUCCUCCCAGAAGUGUCGCUGGGGGAAAGGCAAAGAAGGCUUCACAUGUCCGGCAGCUAUUCAGGAGUCUCAGCCUUGAUGCAAACGGGAAGAAGCGAGCCGAUGCGCAGUAUGAAUGCAUAGCACCAAAGUCCUUCAAUUCGCCAGAUUUCAAUGGUUCGUCAACACCUCUCGCGUUGGAUCCAGUUAAGGAGAAAGAUAAGAAUUCAAGUCAUAAGACGGAUGACUCUUCUGUUUCCCCGGAGAAGUCUGAGUGUCUGGUAUGUAGCAGUUCAGAGAAAUCCUAUAAGCACCUAGUUCUUUCACCACUGAACUCCCACCGAUCCCAGCGGGACGGUGACUUUAGGUUAACUCCCUUCAAUAGGCAGAGGAGAAAGGACAGUAGUCGAGAGCCAGGGUUUUCCAAAAAAGCUGCAGGACUAGCCAUUGUAAGGCGUUGCCUCAUUCGGAGAGGGAUCCGGAAGCAGCCACCCAGGACUACAACUCAGGCAAGGGAGGGGAGGAUGAGAAAGAUUUAUUGUGCUGCAAAAUCCUCUGGCUUGUCCAUUUCCAGGCAUCAAACAAAGAAAGCUACUGUAGCAAAGCACCUUAAGAAAGAAAAGCUUGAUGCUAAAAAGUUAAAGGUGACAAGCAAACCCAAGGGGACACUUUUGAAUGACGCAGCCAUUGUGGGCGUGGACAUUUCUGAAGAGAGGCAGGGAACCACUCAAGGGCUUCUUCCAAAGUAAAAAAUAAAGGAAGUUACUGGAGGCAAGAAUCUGCUUUGCACUGUGAAGUGUUCCCCAAACCACACCGACAUGGAUGUUGAUUUUCCCUACUAAGAGGCACUCAAGAACAGGCCGAAGAGGUGGAAAGUGGGAGGGCUUUUCAGAAACCUUUUGCUGCGCCAGAGCUAGAAACUGAACAAGUUCAAGGUCCGACAACAAGCCAACAUACCUACAAACUGUUCACGUUGCUGCUCUGGUGGCAUGCUGCACAUUGCACUGUUCUAUUAUGUAAAAGUUACAAAAAUAAUAAUAAUGUGUAUUUGUUUGUUUGAAAGCACUAAAAGGCCCUGUUUAAUAGGCUCCCUUGCAUCUUUGCCACAGCAGAGAAAUAUUGAACUUGAGUUGUACAUUAUUCUACCUGAAGGGAAUGUAGUGCACUAAGUUUCGGAAGUGAAUACAUUUGCCUUGUACAUAAGACUCAGCUUUUCAUACCUAGCUGACGAGAAACCCACCAAAACUUUACUCCACAAUGGCUUGCGUCCCUUGAGCAGAAGACAUCCCUUGCAUGUGUGCGCGAGGAUCACCGGUCCUCCCCCCUUCCUUGUCUACAGCUCUACACAGGCACCCUGCUGCUCUGGAGGAUCCCCAAACAUCUGGAGUCAGUUUGGGGGGGGGGACUGCAGUUGGGAAAUUGGACACCCUCAUGACGUUAGCAGAAGUGCCUUCAGCUUGUAAUGUAUGGUCUUUGGAUCCAAGCCCAAGAGCUAGGAUCAAAAAAUUAAACGGAAUUGUAUUUCAGUGUAAUCUGUGACAAGCCAUAUAACACAGGGGGGGAAAUCAGUGAGACUUGUCACAGUAGGACCUGCAUACUCCAAAGUAAAUUCCCGUUGUUUUCAGUGGGGCUUAUUCUCAGGUAAGUAUGCAUAUAGGAUUUUGCUGUCCUGGACUAAGCGCACUUUCCUCGGGGUAAUUCCCACUGAACACAACGGGACUUGCUUCUGAGUAAGCAUGCACGGGAUUACACUAAAUUAUGGGAAGAAGUAUAAGACUAAGUAGAAGGUUUGCGAAAUUACUCUCUAACCCACCCACCCCAUUGUGUUGGUUUUAUCUCUGCUGAUGUGCACUCGUUCGUGCUGUCCCCCCCUCCCCACCUCUACCCCUUUGAAAGCAGAUUAAUCUACGGCUUCCAAGGGCCACACAGAACCGUUCAUCCAGAAUGCUGCACACCAGCAAUAUUUCUGUCCCCUCAUUGAAAUUAAAACUACACAGGGAUUUUAGAAUGGAAUAGAUCUCUUAUGCCUGGUUUCUCUGUCACCCCACAGCAUAGUUGUGAAAAUAUUGGGAAUGAAUUAAAAUAAAGCUGCCGCAGACAAAAGUUCUGAAAGAUGCUAUUUCGCAUUUUAAGUCCAAACAGAUCUACAGAUAUUGGUUGAGGAAGAAACGUAGGUUUGCCUAAGAAAAUAAUGGACAGGGAUUUUUGUUUGGCUUUUAUUUCAUUUAAAAGCUUUUUUUAAAAAAAGUGCAUAUCCCUGGAGAUAGAGAGUUAAAUCCAGUAGUGUCCUUCCACCUGUGGGACAGACAGAAUUGAUGAAACAGAUUCCCCCCAGAUCUGCUUAGGUGUGCUGCAGAAAUUUGUCCCAGAAGGUUGGUGGAUAUUCCAGAGCAGGGUUGUGUUUGUGUGUGUGUUGCUUGGGAGGUGGAGAGGAAGUCAAAGCCUCACAUGGCAUUGAAUGCUGCUCUUAGGCUAUUGUGGUUAUGCAAAACAUUUUUUUAGAUUAGCUUCACUUCUCUACAUAUGACCCACCUGGAUUUGUUUUAGUCGAUAAGUCUGUUUUCUGGGAAGAGACUUUCCAAGCGGGAAUUGACAUGAGACUGAAUGUUGACGCUGUCUUUGACACCCCUGGCUGUUAGGACAUUGUUUCCAUGUGAAGUACAGCACCCUGUUCAGUAUUAGUGCCUCAGUCAUUUGAUAAUUCUGACUAACAGAAAAGUAAUUUUUAAAACAGAAGUUCUUUCACUGAUAAUUUUUAUAACAAAGUUACUUUAUAAAUAAAAAAAGCUUAUAAUGCAAAGGUUUCUUUUUCAAAGUCAAGUUUAUGUGUUAAACCAAGUUUUACGGUUAUCACUUACAAAUUUCAAGUUAGCCUAGUUUUAUUGAUAAGAGUGUCCUUUCUACCUAAUGUGCCAAUUUGGUUUUUUUAAAAAAACAAAAUGAUGUAUGAAUACAGGUAUACAUAGUUCUGUUUGUUCAUAACAUUUUAUUAACUUUUUGUUUUUAAUGCAUUGGGUUGAUUUUGACUAUCACUGAAGAGUUCCACAUAUUCGUAAGUUGUGCUCUUCUACGACACUCAUUUUUCCUCACAACCUCAAGCAAGAUGCACUGGGCAGAGUUUAUCUAACUUCUAAAACUUUUGAAUAUUUGCAUGACUUUCCUUUGUAAAUAGGGUCUUCAACCAGAGCAAUUUUUUUAAAAAAGAAAAUGGCUAUAUUUAAGGAAUUUUUUCCAGUAACGAUAUAUUUUUUCUUUAAAAACAGAAUGAAGAUUAACAUCUUAUUUUUUGUAAGGUAAAGGGCUUAGAGUGUAAGUCUCGGGAAAGCUGUUCAAUGUUUAAAAACAUCUAUGGUUCUUACAUGUGUAUAUGCCUCCCCCAUGUCUGUUAAAAUAUCUCUAUGUAUGCUUGAUGUACAUGAAAGUUGGGGUGACCAUGACAUUUUGGUUAUGGAUUCAUUUUAUCCAUUAAGUGGAUUUUAUGUGUAUGUGUUUAACUUAUUAUUCUCCAGCCUAGGCACAUGGAGUAGAGCAAACUCAACAAUUUGAAUAGAUCGCUCAGAAUCCAAAGACAUGCUGGCUAAGCAUUUUCUCUUGAAUAUAUCUAUUUUCAGUUCUAAAGGUGAGCCCAGAUUUCAGUUCAAGUUCUGAUGAGGACUGUCAGGUUUCAGGUUUCAAGAUGUGAAAGUUUUACGCAGCUCCUUAGGGAAGAGAAAAAUCUCAGGUUGAAAGCUCUGGAUAAAAAACGCAAGCUGUUUUCUUCUUGGCUUAUGACAUCACUCUCCCCAUCCCACACCUGUCACAGGUCCACCUGGCUCGUCCACCAGACACUUCCCUUCCCUUCCCAGGUGCCGUUCCCUUUCCCAACCCAACCCAAUGCCAGUUCUGCCAGGCCCUUCAUCUCUGGACCUGAGUCACAGAAGAUCAGGCAAUGUAUCAUGAGACUGCAGGUCUUUCCGCUGGCAGCAGCUUUUAGAGGCCUUGGAGCGAGUGCUGUGAGAUGAAAAUGGAGGACAGCUGGCUCAGGAGUCCUAGUGGGCAUGCGAAAGCUUCCCUUUGUAUAUUGGCCAUAAAAAUUAAAUGAGCAACGUUUUUGAAACGGGGAGGGAAGCUGCUAAGGAAACGUGUGUGUGAUAAAUAUUUUAUCACCGCUUCCUGAGAAAUUGUGUUAAAUGUCAGAAUCAAGGUUUUAAGAGGAAUCCCUAGGAAGUUUGGGCGGAAUUAUGAUGCGUGAAAAACUUACUUCCCCGAAGCACUGCCACUAGUUCCAAGACCCACCCUGGCCGUAAUGGCUUUCCAGAUUUCACUGUCUUGACAGUAAACGUUCCCCUAUGCUAUGUGUCAUUUAGUUGGGAAGAGGCUACGGUAGCAAAAUCUUGUCUGGUGAUCUCUUUGUACUCAAGUCUGCAGAGAGAACCUUGAAUGUUUGAGGUCACUUGCCACCGAGACAAAUGUGGGAGCAAAAUAAAACCUGCAGGGAUAAUAGAAAUACUGGUACACUUCCAAAAUAAGUGCAGUAGAUGGCGGAUCCAGAGAGGUGAAAGUCCAUAUUUGUUGCAGUAAUGUCAUGAUUCUCAUGCUGUGCUAUCAGAGUUGCAGCAAGAGAUCUUUCGGGCAGAUUUAAUAUGCAAUUACUGCAGAUCUCUGGAUACAACCAGCUCCCCACCCCAGCACCCCCAAUCAUGUUGAAAAACAAAUGUUCUUUAUGAGAGUUGAGAAAUCCCUGCUUCCUCCAACAUUUACAAUAAAGGUUCCCUCUUCCUCUCCAGUGAUGUUUUAAUGUACUACUAACCUUCCUUGUUUUAUUACCCCCCUUUCAUUUCUUUUGUCCAAAUUUGCCUCUUGUGUUCACUAUUAAAAGUGUUAAGACUUUUUUUUGUGUGUGUGUGUGGGUAGGUUAAACCUUUAUUCUGAAUUUUGGUGCAAAAGAUUUCUCGGAACAAAGUACAUUAGCAGUAUUGCCAGUUGUAGCUAAAUUUCACUGUACUGAGCACAGGAGUUGGAGCUCAAUUCUUUCCUGCUUGGGAUUUCUGUUUAUUGCAAGAGAACCCAUCUGUGCACAUAUAUGUAGAUGUUUAGCAUUUCCAACUCAGGUACUUUGGUACCAAACUUUUAAAUGAAGAUAGCGAAAUAUAUUUUGGGUUGAGGGUCCCAGGCUGUGAAACUUGUUUAGUUUCCCAUAUUUCAACAUGUGCUCAAUGGGGUACUUCCUAAAGAUUACUGGGGUUGCCAAAUUCAGUCUUUUACUGCAAUCACCUAUAGACAGAGAAGAAGGAUAAAACCUUACUUUCAGGAUCUUCAAUUUCACACUUAAUUAAAAGCAACUUCAUGGGAUCAUUAGGAGUCCUUUUUUCCACUGCUCCAAUAAACAGGACCGUCUAAACAACUAAUUGUUCCAGACUGUAAUAUGAUUGCUAACUUUUGAACGCUAAUUGAUAAAAGAUAGGCUGGAUAUUUAAAAGUACCUGAUUCGUAGGGUAAGCUGAACUUCACAUUUUAUAUGAAAAGUUGGUUUGCUUCAAGUCAUACAUUUGUCUCACUGAUAAGCAAGCAAGCAUAUGCAGAAUCAAAGGUUAUUAUUUCCCCUUUACUUGUAAUAGUUUACUGUUCUUGUUCAUUUCUUUCACAAAAUCUGGAAGAAAAAUCAUUUUUCUUUGAAUAAAAUAAAGAUCAAAGUUGGUAUUGUGUA